AUGAGCCCGCCGAGCCUACCUAAAGAACUCUGGGAUGAGAUCGCAACUCACCUACCGGGCCGUGAUGUCAAAAAUCUGCGCCUCGUUUGCAAAUCACUCUCAAACAUCCCCUUGCCUCUUGACAGAGUGUUUAUAAGCGCCAACCUCAAAGAUAUCGAGGUGUUUCGAUGUGUUGCAGACCAUGAUGUGUAUAGACAUGGCGUGCGUGAAAUAAUCUGGGACGAGGCGCGGUUUCAACAAGAUGACCCAAUGGAUGAGUCCAAUGGUCUCGAAAGGACUGAAAGGGGACAUAUCGAUGAUAACCCCCCAGACGACUUUAUAAAUGAAUGCCAAAAGGAACAUCUAGUAACCACUUAUGAAUCUUGGUGGUUCUAUCGCGAAUAUUUGAGACAACAGAGAGAAGUGUUAGCCCACGAUUCAGACAUUAAAGCGUUUGAAUAUGGCCUCCAGCGCUUUACAGCGCUGCAGCGAAUUACUUUAACACCCGCAGCACACGGGUUGACUUUCACUCCACUCUACCGGACCCCAAUGAUUCGCACCCUCCCCUAUGGCUUAAACUAUAAGCUGCCACGAGGUUGGCCGUCUACCGAGGAUUGCGGUACCUUAGAGGCAUCUCAAUGGAAUACUGAAGCUGAUAAAGCACCAUGGCGCGGAUUUCGAGAGGUAAUCCGGAAUCUUGCGGAGAAAAAAGGCCCGUACGUGACAGAGCUUGUGCUCGAUGUCCAUCAGCUAUUGACGGGUUUAACCUGCCGUUUCUUCGAUAAACCUUGCAAAGAGUUCGAUCAUCUAAUCGCGGUACUUCGGCGACCUGGAUUCCGACGCCUUGAUCUUUCACUCAUGGUUGGAGCGCAGUCUUACUAUGGGUGGGAGUCAUUUCGCAACGGACGUAUGCGACAUGCGCUUGCGGAGGCGUCAAGUGACCUGGAGCAUAUUCACCUGAGGACGGAUAUUUUGAAGAAUGAAGAUGGCCGUGGUCAGCCAGGAAGUGGUGGCCAUGCAGAGCAUUUCGUUCCGCUCCGCUCCAUCUUUCCGAUAGAAUGCUGGCCGAACUUGAAGCAUUUUGGACUGUCCAAGUUUUUCGUACAACAAGACGAUAUAAUUGCUUUCCUUUCAGUACUACCGAAGACCAUACGCGUGAUUGAGUUGAGCUUUCUCUACUUUCUAGAUGGCGGUGGCAACUACAGAGACUUGCUAGACGAGAUGAGAAGCACACUAGGCUGGCAAAGCAGAGACAUUGCAGAGCGUCCAAAAAUCAUCAUCGGGAUAGAACCAAGUUGUAGUGUGAUUGGUAGGGCCAUUUGGCUGGAGGAGGAUCUAGAACUGUUCAUGUACCACGGCGGACCGAACCCAUUCAAAGCGAAAUUGUCGCCGAAUGUACUUUUGCAAGGGCACGGAGGCACUGAGAGAGAUGAGUUUCAGCCGGAUCACGAGCGCCCAUGGGUAGACCAUGCUGCGCUUGUCCAGUUGGGAAUUCAAAAAGAGAGCCAAUGGUAA